CGUAACGUGAGGACUAUGGUUUGCUCAGUGCAAUUCCAGCGUGCAGCUAUAAAAACUUGACGGAAUUCGACUCGAGGAUCAAACUCUUCUACCACUGCCGCAAACUAGGUAGCUCGCUUUCUAGCUAGUUUGCGAGCAAGCAAACUCUUAUUUCCGUCUCAGUAGCUAACCAGUGACAGUCACGACGCUGCGGGCCUGUGUAAGUGGAAAACGAAUCUUCAUUCAGGAAGUCAAACUGUAUGUCUUUGCAAGACAAACCGAAAGUCUGAACACCCGGAGGCGGACUUAUGUUUUUGAAAAACGUGGACUUUUCUACAGGGGGCCGAAAUUCCGUGGUAUUUCCUCGCCUCUCUCGGACAUGGAGAUGUGGCCCAGGCUGUAGACGCAAGCUAGGCCCGGAGAACCGCCCCCGUCAUUCAUUUUAAAGGUACUGAUCGUCAAUGCCGGGCUCGUCGAUGAAGGAGUGCAGCGAGUGCAAUCACACGGUACUGUCUAACCCAUAAUGCCAUCGUCCAUGCGAAAAGGAGCUCUGAAGGACCCCGAGCUCGCCGACCUCUUCUUCAAGGAUGACCCUGAGGAAGUCUUCUGCGACCUGCACGAAAUCGGCCAUGGGAGUUUCGGGGCGGUGUACUUUGCCCGAAACUCCUACUCCAACGAGGUGGUGGCCAUCAAAAAGAUGUCCUACAACGGGAAGCAGACCACAGAGAAAUGGCAGGACAUCAUCAAAGAGGUCAAGUUCUUGGAACAGCUGCGACACCCCAACACCAUCGAAUACAAAGGCUGCUACUUGAAAGACAACACUGCCUGGUUGGUGAUGGAGUACUGCCUGGGUUCUGCUUCAGAUUUGUUAGAGGUUCACAAGAAACCCCUCCAAGAGGUUGAAAUUGCUGCCAUUACCCAUGGUGCCUUGCUGGGACUUGCUUACCUACAUUCCCAUAACAUGAUUCACAGAGAUGUGAAAGCUGGAAAUAUCCUACUGACUGAGCCAGGUCAGGUCAAACUGGCAGACUUUGGGUCUGCCUCCAUAGCGUCUCCUGCCAAUUCCUUUGUGGGAACACCUUAUUGGAUGGCUCCGGAAGUGAUCCUCGCCAUGGACGAAGGGCAGUACGACGGGAAGGUGGACAUCUGGUCUUUGGGGAUCACCUGCAUUGAGCUAGCGGAGCGCAAGCCCCCUCUGUUCAACAUGAACGCUAUGAGUGCCUUAUAUCACAUCGCCCAGAACGACUCUCCCACGCUGCAGUCCAACGAAUGGUCUGACCCCUUCCGAAGCUUUGUUGACUACUGCCUACAGAAAAUUCCUCAGGACAGACCCCCCUCAGCGGAGCUGUUGCGACAUGAAUUUGUUCGGCGAGAGCGUCCUCCUCGGGUACUGAUUGAUCUCAUCCAGAGGACCAAGGAUGCAGUCCGGGAGCUGGACAACUUGCAGUACCGCAAGAUGAAGAAGAUCCUGUACCAGGAGAAGCACAACGGGCCCAUGGGCGAGUCCCAGGAAGAGGAGGAGGACAGUGAACCGGCUAGCUGUAAAAUGAAUAGCCUGGGCAGCAACCACUCGAUCCCCAGCACCUCAGUCAGCACUGGCAGCCAGAGCAGCAGCAUCAACAGCAUGCAGGAGGUGAUGGACGAGAGCAGCUCUGACAUGACCAUGAUGCAUGACUAUGACAGCACCUUGGAGUCCUCUGCAGUCCCCAAAAAGGACCAUGCGUUCAUAAGGGAUGAGGCGGCGCACCGGGACCCCAGGCCUGAGCUGCGGCCUUCUUCCUCCGACAAGAGCCAGGCGCACAACUACAAGAACCGGGAGCGCUUCGCCACCAUCAAAUCAGCGUCGCUGGUUACGAGGCAGAUCCACGAGCAUGAGCAGGAGAACGAGCUGCGGGAACAGAUGUCGGGCUACAAGCGGAUGCGACGGCAGCACCAGAAGCAGCUGAUCGCGCUGGAGAACAAGCUGAAGGCCGAGAUGGACGAGCACCGGCUCAAGCUGCAGAAGGAGGUGGAGACGCAGGCCAACAACGCCUACAUCGAGCUGGAAAAGCUGGCCAAGAAGCAUGCCAUCUACACUGAGAAAGAGAUGAAGACAGCAGCAGCAGAUGAGAAGAAGUUCCAGCAGCAGAUCAUGGCCCAGCAGAAGAAGGAGCUGACCACCUUCUUGGAUAACCAGAAGAAGCAGUACAAACUCUGCAAGGAGAAGAUAAAAGAGGAGAUGAACGAGGACCACAGCACGCCCAAGAAGGAGAAACAGGAGCGGCUUUCCAAACACAAGGAAAACAUGCAGCACUCACAGGCAGAGGAGGAGGCCCAACUCCUCAGCCAGCAGAGGGUCUUCUAUGACAGGAACUGUCGCGCUUUCAAGCGCAAGAUCAUGGUCAAGAGGCACGAGUUUGAACAGGAGCAGUUACGAGAGGAGCUGAACAAAAAGAAGACCCAGAAGGAGAUGGAGCACGCCAUGCUGAUCCGGCACGAUGAGUCCACGCAGGAGCUGGAGCAGCGGCAGCUGAAGACACUGCAGAAACUGCGCAUGGACCUGAUCCGGCUGCAGCACCAGACAGAGCUGGAGAACCAGAUCGAGUACAACAACCGGCGGGAGCGCGAGCUGCACAGGAAGCACGUCAUGGAGCUCCGACAGCAGCCCAAGAACCUCAAGGCCAUGGAGAUGCAGAUCAAAAAGCAGUUCCAGGACACGUGUAAAGUGCAGACCAAGCAGUACAAAGCACUGAGGAACCACCAGCUGGAGGUCACUCCAAAGAGCGAGCACAAGACCAUCCUGAAGGCACUGAAGGAGGAGCAGACGCGCAAGCUGGCCAUCCUGGCCGAACAGUACGAGCAGAGCAUCAACGAGAUGAUGGCCUCCCAGGCGUUGCGGCUGGAUGAGGCCCAGGAAGCCGAGUGCCAAGCGCUGAGGCACCAGCUCCAGCAGGAGAUGGAGCUGCUCAACGCCUACCAGAGCAAGAUCAAGAUGCAGACGGAGGCACAGCACGAGCGGGAGCUGCAGAAGCUGGAGCAGAAGGUGUCGCUGCGCCGAGCCCAUCUUGAACAAAAGAUUGAAGAGGAGCUGGCUUCGCUUCAGAAGGAACGCACUGAACGGAUCAAGCACAUGCUGGAUCGCCAAGAAAGGGAGAUCGACUCGUUUGACAUGGAGAGCGUCCGGCUGGGGUUCGGAAACUUGGGUGCUUUAGACUACCCCAAGGAGGACUAUAGAUGAAACAAGAUUUUUUUGCCAUAAUACCUUGUCCACUUCUCCUUAAAGACGGGCUCUUUGCUACUGACGUCACUUUUGGACUAGUGCCUGUGCUGUCCUCAACUAUCAGGGGCCCCCCCCUUUGUCACAUUACAAGAUAAAAUGCUGGAUGACUCUCUAGGUGGUCUUUUAAAACAAAUGUCACAGUAUUGAUGUUUCUUGUGCAAUGAUAACUUUUUUUGGUGAAACUGAAAAAACACACACCAGUGGAUGUAUGUUGCUUAAGGACCAUGCAUUAGAGAUGAUUUGUCAGGCUGUGCAAAAAGAAAACAAACUUAAAUGACAUUCUCCUGCAGCCUUAUAUUGUACGCUGCUUCUCACUCUUUUUGGUAUUUAUUCAUCAGGAAAUUUUAUUAAGAUUGAGCAAUUUGAUACGUUUAAAUAUGAAUUCAUGAUGUACAUAUUGGUAGUUGUGUACGUUAUUCUGGAGAAAAUGUGAUUAUAGAAUGCGGCUCGGGGGCAGUUACGCCCUAGCAUUUAACUGUAUCAUAAUCAUUUUCUGCAGUGGCAGACAAUGUGAAUACCAUAUGUGAUUCCCAACACCCAGGUAGCACAUAGGGCUUGGGAUGGUCAUGUAUUUUGUGUAUAGAAGGAUUUAUGGAGAGCUUUUACUUAUUUUCAUAUUGUAUUUUAACUGGUCCUCAAAUCAAUUUUUUAAAUGAUGAUUUUUUUUUCCUUUGUUCAGUAUUUGGAGUUUAAUCGGUCAGUGGGAUCUUCUAUUUGAACUUCCAUCUAGAUCAUUAUUAUUGCUUUAACCACACUUAAAGCUGUG